ACUUUCCUGAAAACCGCUUCAACUUGGUCCUGCAGAUUCACUCUGGUGCAGAAACACACCGUUGAAUUUAACCAAGUGGCCAUGGCCAACUCCGAGGGCUCUGAGGUCAUGCUGAACAGAGUGAUGACCAAAGACAACAUCGGUGUGGCUAUUCUCCUGGAGAUCCACAAAGACACAUUUUCUGGUGGCAUAAAGACUCCACAAGACCGCCAGCUCCUCCUGGUUGCCAACGCUCAUAUGCACUGGGACCCUGAGUACUCGGACGUGAAGUUAAUCCAGACCAUGAUGUUCCUGUCGGAACUAAAGAGCAUUGCUGAGAGAGCUGCAGGCUCAGUGUUGAGCGGCUCGCCCACCCCUGAUCCUGGCUCCGUCCCCAUCGUCCUGUGUGCCGACCUCAACUCUCUGCCAGACUCAGGUGUAGUCGAGUACCUUAGCAAUGGCGAAGUAGCCGAAAACCACAAAGACUUUAAGGAGCUUCGCUACAACGAAUGUCUGUCCAACUUCAGCUGCAACAGCAAAAACGGCACCUCUGACGGAAGCAUCACCCACAGCUUCCAGCUGAAGAGCGCCUACGACAGUGACAUGAUGCCUUAUACCAACUACACCUAUGAUUUCAAGGGUGUGAUCGACUACAUCUUCUUCUCUAAGACCCACAUGAGCGUCCUGGGCCUGCUGGGACCGCUGGACAGCCAGUGGCUGGUAGACAACAACACCACAGGCUGCCCGCACCCCCACAUCCCCUCAGACCACUUCUCCUUGCUGGCCCAGCUGGAGCUCCGCCCACCCCUGCCCCACCCAGUCAACCCAUUGAACAGGCUGCACCUGUCAGUCAACAGGUAGUGCAGACUGACGGAAGCCCCGGCUCACCUCACAUUUUUAAACCCUGGCCCCAGCCCUCCCUCCAUCUUUCUACAGGACUGUGUACAGUUAGUUAUUCUACUCCCCAGCUCACACCGACCAAUAAGAGUCAAGUGUUUGGCCAUCAUUGUUUUUUUUUUCUUUCGCUUUUAACAGUCUUGAUACCAAAUGUUGGGUUUGAAAAAACCACGGUCAUAAACAUUUUUAAGAUAAAGACACAUAAAUAGUUGCACACUACAGUGUUCGUGAAUGUCACCACAAAGGCGUGAGCAUUAUCAACAGCGUUUUAAAUUUUCAUUUCAGCAGUGAAUACAGUAGACUUAAAGGUAGGACAUGCAGGAAGUUAUGAGUUUGUGAACCCCUGAGCCCCCACUCGCUGGGCUGUAAACACUGUUAAUUUCCUUCUCCAUGACUUUAGGGUUUACUUACAAUAUUAUCAUUUCACAUAAGAAUUUAAAUUCCUUUAAAGUCCUUUAAAUUAUGAAAUAUCCGUAAUAUGAGAUUUCUAAUUCAUCCGCCCCCAGAAAGAACUUUUUUUAGCUGGCAGACUGAGAUACAUUACUGACAUCAACUGGCUCUGUUUGCCAUUGGUAACAUUUCUUUCCAAACUUUCAAAGGAAGGUUAAAAAACAAAUACAUAUUGGAUGAACAUGCUAAAACACUUCUAGUAGACCAUUAAACAACUGAGGGGAUAAGUUUUGAAUUAUUUAUAUUUUUUCCUUUUUUGUUUUGAAAGCCCUGCAUUAUCUGCCUUUAAUUCUGUUGAGUGAAAGGGGGAAAAUGAAAAAAAUGUCUGUUAGGUAGCAAAAUGUGACAGUUACAGUGAUAUUGGAUGCAUCCUGUAAUUUGGACCCCGUUCCUGGGUUAGUCAUGGUAUCACGUUACUUUCUCUUACAUUGUCAGCUCUAAGCUGUAGCUUCAGUCGAUGUAACGCAGACAUGAACUGAUGGGAGGUAUAAGAAUUCUAACUCAGACAUGAGCAUUAGCCUUAUUUAGAAUUUCAGUCAUUAAAGAGCCAAAGAACUCUCUCCCAUGCUGACUGACCUGUGCAAUAAUAUUAAUAAUAAUAAUAAUUAAAAAUAAUAAUAGUUCUAUUUAUAUAUUAGUACUGAAAACAAGUCAAAAACCUUCCUGAUCAGUAUCAUCUCUAAAAGUCUGUCAGUUAUUGAUUAAACGUAUUAGCCCUUUAUCUCCUUUGCGGUAUCUCAGGGGCUUUGCUAUGCAUAAAGCUGUACCUCACAAACUAACCCACACUUCAAGGUGGCACUGUGUACGAGCAGAACUACUCAGGAGGCUGUCCUUCUGAAACCAUCUGUCUAUGCAUCUGGAUGUUGGUCGGUCUGUAUGAAAAGAUUCUAGACGUUUUAAGUGCAUUGUUUCAGAUUUCGUAGGUUUUUCUGGGUACUACAGAUUACGGAUUUCAAUUUUUGAAUUUUUACUUGCUGGGAAGUUUGUUGGUACCAUACAGGUUCUGAGAAAUUCUGGUUGUGCAUAGAGAUUCUGGACAUUUGCACUCUGUGUGUUUGUGUGUUUGAGCAUAUGAUUGUUUUGGAUUAUCAUACAUACCUGGAGACCACUCCAGAUUUCACAUAUACGUAAUUAAUUACAUGUGCACAGAUUGAGAACAUACUUUCCUGGAUGUCCAUCAGUGCCAUACACAUUAUGGAUGUUCAUUAACAAUCUGCAAAAAUUCUCAUUAUUCGGAAAGAUUUUGAACAUCUGUUCAGGUUCAGGACAUUUGCACAAAUUCUUGAUGUUCAGGAAUUUGUAACCAUUUGUGUGUCUGGACAUUUGUACCAUAAAACAUGUUUUGACAUUCAAACCCACUGUACCAGAUGUUCCUAAGCACACACAGAUUUGCCUGGAUGUUCAGAAAGGCGCUGUACUUUCAUAUUUACAUGUGUUAAUAUUUUUACAUGUGCAUACGUGUGUACAGAUUCUAAAUGUUUGAAUCAGAAAGAUGACUAAAGUAUGUAGAGACUCCAGAAGUUCAAGGGAGCUUGUCAAUAAGAUACUGAACAUUUGUACCUAUACCUACCUAUAACACGUGUGUUAUGCGCAUAAUAAAAAUAUAUAUUCUAAAAUAUUUCACCACACUUGCUUGAGGACAUUUACACACUGUACCCAACUGUGGACGUUGACAUUGCAGUUGUCUUGUUGCAAAAAAAAAUCCCAUGUCUUUGUGCAUUUUUGAUAAAACAGUACUGCCGCACUUUUGAUCCAGUUUCCCAUGAAAACCUUUUGGAAAAAAUGAAUUUAUGAACUACCAAAAUGUUCUAAAACAAAGCGUUGAAAUAAAUUUGUUUCAGAGACCGUCUGGAUUUUUA